CCCACUAAAUUCUUCAGUAAAUAUCUUGCAUGCUACUUGAUACCGCUCAUCCUGCGCUGGCGACAAUUGAGAAGCUUGUCAAAUUCAAUCCUUUUACCUGGUGCCAUUUUUAGAAUGUCGGGAUGUCAUGAUAAGUUAUCUCUUUGACGAUGGAAAGGUACUUGGGUCAGCGAUUAAUUAUCCUCGCGCGGUUCGCUUAAGGGUGUUUUGCCGCGCUCGCGAAAAUAUUCCCGAAGACUAGGCAAAAGGAAUCGUGUUCCACAAAAACAUCGCUACGCAACCUUCUCCGUCCAAAGUAUAUUUUUGAGGAAAGGUUGUUUAGUUAAAAGUUACAUUCUGCUGAUGGCAAGGUAUAUACGCCCCGGCAGAGUCCACCCUGCCAGCAGAGCUUGGACUGUUGAAGAGACAAAAAUUCCACAUCGACCUAACUCGGCGAUCUCCCAUCGAAGAGAAUCCUUCCCAAGAAAUUUGAUCGUAAAUCCAACCUACAAACAACCACAUUACGAUCCGUUAGAUUCUGCUACAGAAGAGGACAUGGUGCCGACUGUGAUGGAAGCACCACAAAAUAACACCGUUCCUCGCCGGGUAACUAAACGAGAGAACAUAAACUUGGUACGGCAAACCGAAUGGGACGUAAAAGGCACGAAGACAGAGAGUCUUGUCCAAAGAAACACGCCUAGUAAACCAGUCAGUGUCCUGUUAGGAUUAGUGUGUUUCACAUCAUGUUUGUCUCUCAUUUUGACCCUUCUCAUCCUCUCUGGCUCGAUUGAGGCAGGAAGAUGUUCUUGCGGCGACAAUGAAGGUAAGUUGCAGCAGUAACUUUUUGAAUUUCUUAAUUGGGUAUCAAAAUGAUUCAAAUGAAUAAUGCUGUCAAGCGAGAAUUUUUUGGUAAACCUUUUCUAGCUUACUUUUCACCCUGUAUUAAAGUUUCCGCGUAACUAAGAAAGGUUUCCCCCCCUCACUUUGAACUCGGAAACCACAGAUGCAGACAGGACAUCCUCUUUGAUUUGAGACAAAAUAACGGAAGUUGCCACCACUGUUCAGCUCUAACACUGAACAUACCUUUUGAAUUGCACUAGUAUCUCAGACACGCAAAAAAAGGGGCAAGGCAUUUCCGACACAGAUAAUAACUGUAACCAACGAAGUAGGGCUAACCAUGAUAAUCACAAAGCUUCAGUGAAAUUUUCAGUUCUAUAAACGCCCACAGCCGCAAAAAUACCUGCAUGCGUUUACUGUGCACUGCACUUUAUUUUUUCCUCUGAUUUCCAACCAACGAAGUAGGCCUAUCCGCGAUAAACACAAAGCUUCAGCGAAAUUUUCGGUUUUGUAAACGCCCACAGCAGCAAAAUUACCUCUGUAUGUGUUUAAUUUACUCUGCACUUUAUUUUUUUAUUUCCUUGCUAUUAGUUUGAUAACCAAUGAAAGUAUAGAAUAUCGCAACAUAAUGUAAAACGCAGCACCACUCUUGAAAUGUUCCGGUGCCCUAUCUACUCCCUUGCGGCAAUGGAAACAGCUCAGGGAACAUCUCUCACUUUCUUGAACUAUGGACUAUUUCUUGAAAGCCGCACAAAGCACUCAGGGGUGUCCGGGAUUAGAGGAUUUUAGCGAAGAAAUAAAAUUAAAUCCCUGCGCUCAAUUUAAGAAAGCCAGAGUUAAGUAUGGGUGAAGUGUAGUCAUAUAGGAUGAGAUCUUUGGCAAGUUUAUAAUAAAGGGAUUUUUAUACAGGUUAACAGGUCCAGUGACCGCUUUCCUAGCGGCGUUUGCAUUUAGAUUCCAUCAGCCUAGUUUAUCUUGAUGGCAAGUAAUCAUCUGCCUCGAUCAACUUAAUCAGAGUUAACCAUGUGAAUGUACUUGCACCCUUUCGGCAAUUGCUUGUUUUUUUGUCUUGAUUGAAAACAAAUAAUAGCAAUCCUUAUGAGGGUAUCUCGAGGUGCCAGGUACAACUAGAGGCUUAAAAUAAAUCUCCUUAGAGGUAGCGUCUGUAAAAAUGGGGAUAUAAUUCACUGCGUUGUUAUCUCUACAAGGGAUAUCAAUUGCGAGUGUAUGGAAUCACUUGUUUAGGUCCAAGGACAAAGAGGCAGUUUUCGUUUAUUCAACAGCAGUUUGAGAAAAAUCGCUUAAUGUUACCAUUGCCUAACCGUCAAUGAACAGUAAAUGCAUGAUAAAGAUUCCCAGUUGCGUACCUUUCCAUGUUAACCAUUAGACCACAGUGGCUAAAUAAACCUCAUGAAUCAUGUUCAAAACACGUCAAAUCACAUUUUUCCCUCAUUAUUGUAUCACGUGAAAUAUUUGUAAUUGCAGAACGUGAAAUUAAAGGAAGCUAGAAGACAGAUAUUUAGCCUCUGGGUAAAAUCAAUCUCCUUGAGAAUUCGUUUCCCUCAUGCCUUGACGACUCAACUUGUGACCUUUCUUGAACAGGAAUCGGUGUUAAGUUUCUGAGUUAUUCUGACCCUUGGGGCACUCUUUCCGUCAGUGGGAGCGCAAAGCUAGAAGAUGUUUAAAAUCUAAACAGUUUAAGUCAAUGAGACAUCGCAGGUGUAUUUGUAUGAUAAACUCUUAUAUGGGGUAAGUGUCGGUGAAUAAACAUUGGAAUUGAUAUUUAAUUGCGAUUUUAAGAUAAAGGUGAUCUGACCGGUUCGAAAGAUUUGUAAGCAAUAUGGAAGGUUCUAGGACACAAUUAAUCCUGAAGUUUUUUAUUUUAUUUUUUUAAUUCUAAUGCUUUGGUGUCAUCGUCCAUUAAAAAAUGUGGUCAUCACAUCAGAAUUAUAAUGAAAAAAGGAUGUAGUCCUGGGCAUAUUGCCAAAAAUGACCGACUGUAGACUACCUUCUGAACUUUUCAAACAGAAGUUAUUUAAAUCUUCCGUCGUUGUAAACCACAUAACGGCUGGUUUUAAAACCGUUUGCUCCCCUUAAGGUCUCAACGACUUGUUGCAAAGUCGAUUUGGAUCAAAUUGAAUUCUGCAAAACUGUAGAGGACAAAAGAAAGAUAAUCGCCGAAAAUAAUUUGUCACUGGAAACUAAUAUUCCUGAGGUCAUUUAAAAAUACUGUAGAGCAAAUGAAUACCCAUUAUUUAGUAGUAGGCAAAACAUUAGAUUGCGAUUUUCAGUCGGUCUAGUUGUUAAAGAUAAGAAUGAAUAAUCAUAAAACACCAGAUGGGCUUGUCCAUGGAAAAGUGCUUAUGGACAUGAGGUCAAACAUAUCCAAAGACUGAUCGAGGCCCUAAAGUUACGGUGGUAAAUAGUCGGUUUAACUCUAAUUGGCCCAGUUACAAUUCCAUACAUUUAUUCAAACCCGUCUGCAUGCAAAAAGUAUUGACGAUUGACAAGAAAGAGGUGACUUCACAAAGCAAAUUAAUUUGGAGGGCCCAAAGAAUAAAACCACUUCUGUUAACGUGUUCUAAUUUGAAGAGUUCUUAAAUUUAAUAUUUUUCAUAAUCUUAUUGUACUUUUUUUUUUUCAUCUAUCUAUUGUAUUAUAUGCGCUUAUUGGCUUUGGUUAAAAUGGUUAAGAACAAUUAAAUUAUUUUUUCUGUCAAGACAGCUGAUUAUAAAAUAUUAAAGAGAAAAAAUUCGCCAUCUUUUAGAAGUAACUGCCUGAUUUUCUCGCUGUACUUUCUUACCAUUUAGAGCUUGGCAAAAAAAGCGCCAUGGAGGCAGAUGAUGAACAGUCGGAGAAGUUAUCUACAAAUAUAUCUUCGCUUAACGAGCAAAUGGUGAUGCCUUUAUACAUUGAUAUUUUCAUUAAAGAUGGUAAUAGUUGGGUUCUAUACUAAAGCAUUUUUCUCGCUAAUAUUGACCAUAAUAUUAUUAUACCAUGCAAUUAACCGUGGGCAAGAGUUACGAAAUCGAGUGUAAUACCAUUUUUGAAGUUAAGCGCUUUACAAUUGCGUGUCGUCAAAGUAGUAAGUGUAGUGAUCACAACGAGAAUGAAUAUUUAACAAGGGCGCAGUGAAAUUCAGAUUAGUUCCUGAAUAGCUGAGUGUAUAUUUAUGCUGGUUACGAUUAGCCAACACAGUCACACGUUAUAUCCGAAUCUCGAUUGAAAAUCUCACCACAAUGGUUAUAGACUCGAGUUCGUGUGCACAAGUAGGUCGUUUAGACCGUUUAAAUGCCCUAUCGUCUCGGAUAAGAAAGUAACUCGUAAUUCAGGAAAAACAAAUCUUACCUCACCUCCAAUUCAUUUAAUGCAGGGGCCAUUUUCAGAGUUUUUUGUCGUCUGACAAUGAUCUACAUAGCUAUAGCUGUAGUAGGUGUAGUGGAUGGGUUCCAAAACCUGAAAAAAUCCCUUUUUUAGCCAAUUGCAAUGAAAUCAGUCUGAUGUACUUGCUGUUCAUUUCCAAAGGCGAAGAUGGCAGACGAAAAUAAAGGACAGCGAUCUGAGGUAGGAAAAAAAAAGUUCAUGUUAGAUAUAAUACAUGUAAACUACAUUAGACUGCAGAGUCAUAAUGUUUAAUAUUACUUUACAGUUUCUGCAGAGAAUUCAAACCUUGGAGAAGAUGCUGUUGGGACACAAUGCUACCAAACUACACGAGGAAGUCUCCUCUCAGGUAAUCAAAAAUUAAAGAAAUAAGAAAUUUAGGGUGCAAGGUAAAAGAGCUAGCGAGUGAAAUAUGUGGACCUUAACCAAGUACUGAAAAAUGUUCGACCACGGCACUCUGCCGUUGCGGUCAUUUGUCUUUUCUUACUUUUGUUGUCGUUGUUCGUUUUGUUUUCUUUUCAGUUUUUCUGUUUUAUGUUAUUUGCUAAUAGUGAUGCAUAUAUAAAAUAAAUAGUCAGAGUCCAUGCUUACUGCGUCAGCAUAUAUGUAUAUCUAGUAGACACUUAGAACCUUAUUUCCUUUUAACAUGGUGAUUUGGCAAGUGUCCCAUUAAAAUAUCAACUAUCUAAGUGUCUCAUGCAGAGCUGUUUUUUACCUCCUGACGUUAGAAUAACAGUAUUAAACAUCUUACAAAGCGCCUGGACUCUAUUCAAACUCAAACUGUUGGACACGCUGCUGUGUUGGAAGAUUUAAAUUCCUCUACAACAACUAAUAUGAUGGAGUUUAAACAAGUUUGGACUGUGGUUAAUACUACAAAACAAGAAAAAGAAAAUUUGACCAAGAAGGUAACACAUACAACUUUGCCGUUACUGAACCUAGAAUGUAACACAUUCUUUAAAACACAGCUUCGCCUAUAACAGUUCAAAGUACCUUGUGCGCCUAAUGGUCAUAAAAAACAAUAAUAAAUAAUAAAAAAAGUAUCUUAAUGAUUCAAAGUUAUUUUCAACGAUUAUGUGAAACAAAAAUGUACUUUAUCAUUAUAUGAACCUCUGCAAUCAUCAUUUAUAGCAACGACUCAGAGCCAGCAUGACUUCUAGCUAGAACAUGAAGCCAACUGAAUAUCUGUAGUGAUCAGAGAACGUUCACCCGUUGAGAUGAUUAACAAAGUGCGAUCUAAGAUUGUAAAUUGUAAGGACUAAAAUAUUCAGAGCAGAUAUGAAAGUAUUGUGCAAGCUUUGUUCCUGAGAAAGUCAUUUUCUUUCAGGUCGAUCAGGAGUUUAAACGUAUUCGGCAAGAUGUAAAGCAGACAGAAGGAAUUUUGCUGAAUAAAAUGAACUCAUCUCUGCAAGAUUUCGAAAAUAAGGUAGUAACCCAAUAAAUCGUUGUUGUGGUUGUGGUUUUUCUUGGAGACAGCCGGAAGAAUUCCUCUUUACCCUCUACCCUCGGAGCAAGUGUGUUCCAUUCAGGGCCGAAAUGAAUAAUUGAUAAAUCUACCCAAAUCAAGUUUUUUCUGACUGAACAUCUUGGUUUUCGCCAGAUUUGACUUCUUGUAUGAGUUGCCAAACCCGCAUGUCUAAGGCAACUACAAUUUAAUACAUCCUCCAGCCCAAUUUUAAUUGAAUUUAAAAUAUUUUGAUGGCUUGAAUAAAUUGAUAUUUUGAAUUGAUAGGUCAACAGUGAAAUUAAAGUUGUUUCACACAAGCUGAAUAAAACAAUUGCCCGUGGUGACUAUUUAUCUUCUUCAUUGGAAUCACUUGGGAAAAACGUAAGCAUAUCCGCUUGCAAUAUGUAUAUGAUGAAUGCCUUCAUUUGAUCAAAUCAUAAUCAUAAAGAGAGAUUUCCCCAUUUUCCUAGUGAGUCCCUCUGUUGGAAAUUUUGGGAUUACAUUGGUUGUAAGGCGCUUAUCCUGCCCUCCCUCUCUACCUUUGAAAAUAUACAUCUGUUCAACUUCGCUAAUUUGCUAGAACACCAAAGUUCUUGUAUAGAUACUUAAAAACAUAUCAUUUCCUCAUCUAGGUAACAAAUAGUUUCGGGAAACUUGAGCUUAGAGUUAAAAUGGAGGAAAAAAAAUCUAACAACAUCACAAAAAUUUCGGUAAGUCACCAAAUGCGAACGCUUUGACUUUUCACACGUCAAUUGCAACUGUCGGUAACAUGAGUGCAAGUGUGUGCAACACAUAACAAAAAAUUACAUUUUAUUCUAAAGGAUCACCACUCCAAGUUGAUCCAGCACUUGACGGAUAUGCUGAAUGAGACUCGAGAAGAUACGAGGAAUAAGUCUCGAGAACAAUCCACGGCUUUGGAACUGGCUCAAAAUUCCACAUUAACAGAACUUUUAAGAGUUUGGAUGUUGGUGAACUCAACGCAGACGAUUCUCUUGACAAAGUUAAAGAAAGUGCAUGAAAACAUGACUGAAAAGGUGUCUUUUUUCUCGUUGCUUGUUCUACGGUUUAAGAUAGGUCAUAGGCCAUCAUAUAACAUAGCUUACAGGAGUCCAUUGGGUUUCUGAGCUUACUUAUUAAUCUUGCUAAAACACCUUGCUUUUUCAACUUUUUCUAAGCAUAACAUUCAGCGAGACUUAAAGAGAAAAUAAAAAUUAGAAAAAAACUUAGUUACCUUGGCAUCGCCUUAGGCCAGCAAAUCAGCCACUCAGCAUAAAACUAUUUGCUUAAUAAGCUUAAUUUACUUAUUUGCCCAAUGUUGCCACUACCCAUUGUUGCCAAGAACCAGUUCAUGCUCAUAGAUCUCCAAAGUAUGUCACUGCUGCGUAACUUAGGGAGCCGAUAAUUUCUAGUUUGGUUAUGAUUUUAGCUUAAGCGUUCAAUACUGAUUACAUUAAUUCGUGAUUGCUCAAUUCUCAGAUCCAAGACAUUACUCAUGCUGUGUGAGCAAGUCAGUUGACUGAACACAGACAAUUUCACCCAAUGACAGCCACUUUUGUUAUUCAUGUAUUUAUUUGUUUCUUUGUUUAUUUAUUUAUUCACUCAUAUGAAACCUUUCUUUUCUCAAACCUCAGGUAACAAAGGAAAACGAGAAACUUGUAGCCAGAAUAAAAAUUGAGGAAAGCAAAUCAAAUAGCACAAAGCAGGUCACGGUUAGUAAUGAAUAUCUUCCUUUUUUCAUAGUGUAUUCCCAGUUUUUAAAAAGGUAAAAAUACUAAUAUUGUUUGUAAGAGUAAAAAUGUGCGCCUGAAAGAUUCUUUUUGCCAUAAACAUUCUUUUUUAUUUUCCAAAGGAUCAAAACCUUAAGAGGAUUCAGCAAAUCGAGGAAUUGCUUAACAUUACUCGUGAAAACAUAAAAGAAGAGUCCAAAAAGUAUUUCACCGCGCUAUGGUUGGCAGGAAACUCUACCAAAAUUGAUCUUAAAAGUAUACGCAUGGUUUUGAAUGAAACGCGUGGUAAUAUUGUUGGACAGCUAAAGAAAGUGCAAGACAACUUGACUGAACAGGUACAUUAUCUUUGUUACUUGAAUUUAAGACUGAAUGAACCUCUCUCUGACCACUCCAUGUGAGGGUUAUUACACAUAGUAUUACUCUAAGAUUGUUGAUUCAGAAAACAUUAAAGACUAAGGUCACUCGACUCAGGGAUUAACGAUGAAAAGCAGCUUUAUCACUAAGCAUACCUCGAAAAAGACUAGAAGUGCUAUUAUAGUAGAGGGAGAAACACGACCAUAACAAAUGCAAAAAUCUCCGCUAGGUCUACAAGAGCCAGGCCCAGCCCCCUUCCCCACAUACAUAGUGUGUCAAUCAGAUUGAAUUAAUCAAUAAAUCAAAUGAAGGAUAUUCAUUACUACGAUCAGAAAGAUGUCAUAAACAAUUUCUCCCAAUCGUGGAGUAAGGAAGAACUCUUCGUGGACAUUCGAACCACGAACCUUGCCCUUAAAAGAUCCCAUACUCUACCAAAUUAAAUAUAGAGAAGUGGUUUUUGAUCCAGUCAUAUGCUGAUUUUUUGCAUAAUAAGCACCAUGUGUUCUGCCGAGAUCAACAUCGACGACAGAGAAUAAAUAACAAAAAUGAGUGCACCGUAAAUCUUCAAUUGUCACAAUAUAAAAAAGAAAUGAGUUUUGCUUAAUUCGAUUGCUUCGGUGGCUUUAUCGACCAAGGGGAUUUCAAGUUUCUCCGGUUGGUAGCACGAAUUGUUCGCCACACUUCCAGCGAAGCAGUUCUUUUUUGGUUCUAUACAGCAAUUAUUUCUUAAGAAUAAAUUAAAUGGUUUAAAUGUAUGUGUAUUUUUAUAGGUUAUUUCACGGUUACUGAGCGCGUACGAUUUUUAUUCACAAAGAGUGGAUAAAAAUCGUACAAGCGAACUAAUCGUGAAAUAACUUAUUCUUUAUAUACAUGGCGGGAUUCAUAAGCGAGCAGAACUCAAAGAUCAACAUACCCUUAUAUUCUUUCGAAGGAAAACAACGCACGGUUAAGCCGCUUCCCAGUUCGAGAGUUACACUGAAAUGGCCUCCUUGUAAAAUACUUUACAUUUAAAUUAUCAAGCAAUAAUGCCGAUAAAAGGCAGAACUAGUUAGAAUAAAAUAAGACAUCCUGAAAAUAUCUCAAAAUAGUUCUACGAAAGGUCAAAAUUUGAAAUACAGAAUGAAAACCCGUGACUCUCCGUUUUAGGUCCCUUUGCUUUGACCGAAGUGCUUUCCGAGUUUGCUCGAACUGGACGUCUUUCAUAAGGCAAAGUCCAUACCUUUUUUUUGCUUUUCUUUUUACAUGGCGCUCAAAGCUAGCGAAGAAUGCCCUUAAGGAAUUAGACUUGUAUUCCUCGUUGUCUUCUUUGUGCGAACCGCUAUAAGGAACUCGCUGAGAAACUGGUUCAGCUCUCGAGGAGUCAGUGCAUCCAUUUGUCUCGUUUCGCCUUGCAAAACAAGAAAUUCGUGGAACAGAGCAGCAUCGUGUUUGGUCUUUUUCUUGUUGUUUUCAUUUUCCUGUCCGUCUACGAAUUCUUUUACUGAUGAAUCUAGGCUCUGAAAACAGUUAGUCUGAUUUCAAGCCAUCUUCCUGAAUAAAAUGCGCCUAAGCUCUUGGAAAUGUGCUAUUUGUCAGCCAAGAGGAGCGGUGAGCGAGCGACACGGUUUUGUUCACUAAAGAAAAUAAUGAUAUAGCCAAUCAGAGCGUCGAUACGUCGUUUUUCACCAGUGACAAAAAAUCGUAUGACCAAUCAGAUGGCUCCUCUAACUCGAAGAUACUAUUUUUGUCUCGAUGCUUUUUGGCGCGUAAAUCUCGGUAUGUAUAUAAUAAACAUGGCUCUUUAUUCAUCGACAAUUUACAUUUACCAUUUGUUGACGAAUCUUUGACUAAGAAAAAAAAUAAGGAAAAGGGUGGAUUUCGAUUUGAUGUGUUGUUUUCCCUUCUUAGGUAAAGAACGUUAGUAAGAUGCCGGGUCCUAUCGGACCUCCUGGCUACAACGGAAGCCAGGGACCUGUUGGCCCUCAGGGAGCUGUGGGUCCCGCAGGUCCUAAAGGAUCAGGAGACUUUGGUCAAUGUCAGUUUGAAACAAAUAGUGCAGAUAUGAUCCCUGGUAGCAAUAGAAUACUUGUACAUGUUGAUGAACCAGCAGUAAGUACACCUAUACUUUACAUUUAAAAAAUAUGAAUAAAUAAAUCAACAGAUAUAAAAGGGAUUUCUAAAUAUCACCUGUCUUUACCCCUACGACAUUUCUUACAAUCUGAGAGUACGACUUCAAUUACUAAGGGUCUUAAACCUAAUAUUUCUGAAUCAAGCUCAAUCAGGAGGAUGUGAAUGAUCUUGCACAAUUGCUUUUGUGAGGUGGAGAAAUUCAAAAGAGUAAUUUAGUGCCUGGCCUUUCUUAUAUUAGAAAUUUUUAGUUAAAACACACACCUAGCUUAGCAUCCUGUCGCUUAAGUGUACUUAAAAGAGUUUUUUUUAUUUUAUUUUUGAGAUAAAUGCAUUUUUCGAAUGAUAUAGAUAAUAUUUCGAAAAUGUUUGUUUUGAUUGAACGCUGUUCGCUCGACCAAAUGCACAAUCGUAUUCAAAGGGUCUGAAUGGAUUUUUCUUUAUUCACGGGCUUUGCCUCCGUAAGGCUAACUCAUCUUUUCCUUAUAAAUAUAUUAUAAACUGUGAUCUCAUGAUUUUUCUCGUGAAAAAUUUGGAAUAAACAAACAUUCUAGACUUUUCAAAAGCCUACAAAUUUUUGUUGGUUUAUGGAAAAAUUUCUCAAGCUUAUCCAUACAAAAAGACCCUUGCGAUUGCCAGUAUAGAUAACAUAACAAAUGUGUAUUCCUUUAUUUGUUGACAGAAUAAAAAGGUAAUGGCAGUGACAUGCUCAACGGAUUACGGCUCUGAGUAUAAUCUUAUAUCGAGGGAACAAGCUAACGUCCGGAGAUACGUUUGCACCUGUAAUGGCAAAUCCACACUUUUCAAUGGAGGAAGUAGUUGCUACCUGCACUAUUGGAUUUGCCCUUUAACAACAUAAUUACCUUCAUUUCUGAAACUUCGGCGCUGCACAUAUUUUUACUUGGAUAUAAUUUGUAUAUUUAAAUCUACUCGGCUUCAUUUUGUACAAUUGUGUAGGGAAGAUGCAAAAAAGACAGAAAAAUAGGAAUCGGUGAAACUGAGAGUUACUUUAUCUGGUGUGUAAUUUGGUGGUCGAUAUCUUGGAAUCCAUCCCGGAUGAUAUCUAUGUAUUUGAAUCUUGCUUCAUAAGCAUAGUUGUCCAAAUAUGAAUCGAAAAAGUUCAAAGUGUGAUCCGAAAUUUGUAGUUCGUAGCCUCGAAAUGUUAAUGUUCUCUUCACUUUUAUUAGUUUCCUAAAAAAAAAUUAAUGAGGAAAAUCGAUGUAAAUACAUGAUGACUGCGAAACGUUGGUGAUAAAUCUCUUUAUUCCAUCCAUACUUUUAACAGAACGUUCCGCCCCAAGGAGAUACAGUCUGAAGCAAAUGAUUCGUCUCACCUCUGUUCAAAACCUACAGCGCGGGUUAUUCAUAUGAGGUCUAACCUAAAGCACGGUUUUAAGAAAUCAAUGGGCCUUUGGAUUUCUCUAUAAGAUGGUUGAUUUAACUAAAUAAAUGUUCCUCCAGGGUUAGCUUUCUCUUCUCUUGACACUGUUUACAAAAAUAAAUGGUCAAAUUAAAGGUCCAGCUAAAUUGAGGAUUGUUUAGGACGCGGAUUUAUUACCCCUUUACACCCUAAAAUCAGAAUGCAUAUUCUCCAUACUUUCUCUGUACAUUUUUUAAGUAUCUGUAAAGGAGAAUAUAUUUAAAAAUCAAGAGCUUCUUUAGUUGUUGAUCAUUUCCCUUAUUCUCAUGACCUUGAUGUCUUAUUCAAGGGUGAUCUUGGGAGGAGAAAUUAGGUGCCAGUCCCUC